AUGGGCGUCCAAGGACUCUGGCAGCUCCUGCAGCCCGUCGCACGCCCCAUCAAGAUCGAGACGCUUGAGGGAAAGCGUCUCGCGAUCGACUCGUCGCUAUGGCUCUACCACUUCCAAAUGGCCAUGCGCGACAAGGAGGGCCGCACGCUCUCCAACGCCCACAUCCUCGGCUUCCUCUGGCGCAUUCUUAAACUCCUCUUCCACGGAGUGCGCCCUGUUUUUGUCUUUGAUGGAGGGGCUCCGGUCAUGAAGCGCAAGACGCUUUCGGGUCGAAAGGCCAGGAAACAAGGCGCCAAGGAGUCGCAUGCACGUACCGCAGAGAAGCUCCUCAACGCACAGAUGAGGCAAGCCGCCAUCAAGCACGUCGCCGAAGCAGGCGGCGCACCGCCUCGCGCUUCGUCCUCCACCGACAACAAUGCGGACGCCAGCGCUGGCGCUUCAGGUCUCGGCGAAAACACCGUCUACUAUGAUGACCUUCAGGCGGGAAGGCCAUCUGCCCUCUCUUCUCGCGACCUUCAUUCCGGCGCCUCACCCAGCUCAGCGCCUCAGAGCCGCGAGAACAGCUCCUCCCCCUCCAAGCCGGGCGCCCGCAAGGUCGACUGGCACAAGGACCCCUAUGCAUUGCCCGCCAUGGAAAAGGACCUCAACCAAGUCGCAGCCGCCAACGGCCGAAAAGGCAAGCGCAAGGACUACCGCUUUGCCACCGAAGCUGAGCUCCGAGCCGUCAUGAACACCAUCGCCCCCGAGGACCUCGACACCACCUCGGAACUCUUUCGCAGCUUACCUCCCGAACUUCAGUACGAGCUGGUGGGAGAUUUGCGCGCCCAGUCCCGGAUGACCUCGUACAAGCGUCUGCAAUCCAUGCUCGCCACCGCACCCACACCCAUCGACUUCUCACGCGCCCAGAUCGCGGGCCUCAAGACGCGCAACGACCUCACCCAAAAGGUGCUCACCGUCACCGACGAGAUCGGCAACGCCAACAUCAAAGUGCCCAUUCGCGUCGCCGGUGAGCGCAACAAGGAGUACGUCCUCGUGCGCAAUCCGGGCGCAGAGGGAGGAUUCGUGCUCGGCGUACGCGAUUCCGGCACCACCCAGGACAAGGCCAUCGACGUCGACUACGAGCCCGAAGAGAUCAACAUUACCGACGACGAACACAAUCACACCGAUUCGGAGCCCGAAAUCGAGAUGGACGACGUCGAGAUUCCCGCAAGUGUAUCGCCGUCCAGGAAAGCUUCCGCCGCGGCUGAUCCUGAGAUGGCUGAGCUGCAAAAGGAAGCCGAUCCGCAUGUGCGCAAAGAAAAGGCGCUCGAGCUUCUGCAGGCCCGAGCGCGCCAGCAUGCCAAGCAGAGACGCAGAGAGGCAGGACUGGCCGAUGCCGAUGAUGGCCUGGAGCGCGAUCUGCGUCCGCAUCGCAAGCGCGGCGAACGUCCGCUGUUCAUCCGCAAUCCACGAACAGCCACGAGCGGCUCGAGCCAAUCACCGCAGAACGAGUGGAUCGAUGUCGAUGCAGACUCGGACGCGGACGAUGACUUUUCGAUCGCCGAGGCGGUUGACGACGAGCUGGAAGAGGAUGAGGCUGAAGACCUCGCGCGCGCCAUUGCAGAAUCUCAGGCUGCUCAGUCAGGCUCCGAGCAGCACCGGGCGGGGCUGAAGCUCGCACAUCGAAGCGGAGAGCCAGUCUCGCUGCAUGAUGCUAUGCUGCAUCGAGGCGAUUCUGUUCAAGCCAGGCCCCACGUAGCGCCUCCAGCGACCGCACCACUCGAGGUUGCGGACCAAGCUGCUCUGGACGUCGAUGAGUUGAACGACGAUGAUUUCGAGGAUGUCCAGCCGGAGCCGCUAUCAGCUCUACAAGAGGUCGAGCCCGGAUUUGCCGCUCAGCCUACCGCCGUCAGCGAUGGAACGGAUGCUGACCAUUCGGGUCGCAUGCAGGAGCUAGCGGCGCUUGCCAAUCGGCAUCGCCGGAAGCCAGUCGACGCAGUACAAGCCCCGCCUCCACCUCCGCGUAAGAGUCUGGCAGGCAGCCUGCGCGCCGCACGUCGUACCGCAUCGUCCUCUGCACAGCCCAGUAUCGUCGUGGCCGAUGACGAGCCCCAGGCACCCGUGCCGGCUCCUGAAAAGAGUUCAGAACCCCCCUCGCGGUCGGCGCGCAUGGGUCCGCCCCUUCGUUCCGCCUCGCAACAGCGGCUCGAGCUGGCCAAUCUCGCACCCUCAACGUCCGCGGCAGUCGAGAUGGCGCACGACGACCUCCCGCCGACACCGGAAGAGGUGAAUCGGCAAAUCGCCAUCGAAGCUCGCUCGGACGUGCAAGAGGUCGGCGAGCAGCCUCAGCCCCGCGAGGGCGUCGAUACUCCGCCUCGACCAGAAUUGGUUGAGCAGGCCAGUCCCGCACACGCAACGUCCGAGGCAGUUGAGAUGGGGCACGACGAGCUCCCGCCCACUCCAGAAGAGGUGAAUCGCCAGAUCGCUGUCGAAGCUCGCUCAGACGAGGCAGAAGAGCACGCAUCGACGAUUAGAGACGAGCCGCAGCCUCACAAGAGUGCGCUUGAUGCUCCGCCUGCACCAGAGGUGGUCGAGCUGGAGCCAGAACAGCCGUCUGUGGAUACUGUGCUGCCCAUGGCGGACGAUGUGGAGUCGAACCCGGCCGCUGAGGAUGCAGCAGGCAGAGGCGAAGCGGCUGGUCUGGAGGACGUGGAAGAGACGGGCGUACCAGUCUCUCUGUCAGUUCCAGAACAGGCGAGUGCUGUAGCGCAAGGAGUACCUCACCCAGACGCGGGUGGUGCGGCCGACGACGUGGCGAUGGACAACAUCCCUGCCGCCGCGGCGGAACAGACCGAGUCCGUCUUGCAGGACAAUGGUCCCACCAACCUGGACGAACGGCAGACGACGCCGGUGGAGUGGUCGCCGACGCCGUCUCCUGAGCCCGAGGAGGUGGUGAUUGGCGCCGACGGAUUCCCGCUGCCCACGGCGGCGGAGCUGGACGCACUGUCCGCAUCGGACGACGACAUUGCGCGGCUCAGUGCGGACCAGUCCGAGUUCGUAGCGUUCCUGAGCGCCACCAAGGGGCGCAGUCUGCUGGACGUGCAGCAGCAAGUAGAAAGCGAAGUCAACGCGCUGCGCGCCGAGUUUGCCAACAGCCGACGCUCCGAGGAGGACAUCACCAAGCAGAUGGCGCAGGAGAUCCAGAUGAUGCUGCGGCUGUUUGGGCUGCCGUACAUCACGGCGCCCAUGGAAGCCGAGGCUCAAUGUGCCGAGCUCGUCUCGCGCCGGCUGGUGGAUGGGAUCAUUACGGACGAUAGCGAUGUAUUCCUGUUCGGCGGCACGCGGAUCUACAAGAACAUGUUCAACAACAACCGCAUUGUCGAGUGCUUCCUGCUCUCGGACAUGCAGCGCGAGCUGGGCCUGGACCGCGAGAAGCUGGUGCGGCUGGCGUACUACCUGGGGAGCGACUAUACGGAGGGUUUGGCGGGCGUGGGCCCCGUGGUGGCGAUGGAGCUGCUUGCGCUGUUUCCCGGCGAGGAUGGACUGCUCAAGUUCCGCGAGUGGUGGAUGCGCGUGCAGACGGGCGCCGACACUCACGAGCACACGCGCGGCAAGACGAUGCGACGCAUCAAAAAGAACCUGCGCAACAAGGUGCAUCUCGAACCCUCGUGGCCUGAACCCGCCGUGCUCGAUGCGUACUACGCGCCCACGGUGGACGAGAGCGACGAGCCAUUCGCAUGGGGCCUGCCGGACCUCGACAGCCUGCGCACGUUCUUGGGCGAGUACCUGCACUGGCCCGUGUCCAAGACGGACCAGUACGUGCUGCCGAUCAUCGAGCGCCAGAACGCGCGCACGCGCGCACGCGGCAAUCAGACCACGCUCGACCGCGGCGGCUUCUUUGACACCUCGGCAGGUACAGGGGUGUAUGCAGGCCGAAGAAAGAUUACCUAUGGCAGCAACCGACUCCAGGAGGUCAUCAACGGCUUUCGCGCCGUCAACGGUAAGAAAGCCGCGCCCGUCCGCACUGCGCGCCGGGGUAGUGCGGACACGAGCAGCGGCAGCGACGACGAUGUGCAGGUGGUGGGUGCGCGGUUGGCGACGCCCGCAGUGGCCGAGGAGAUGCUCGGCAAGGAGAUGGCCAAGAAGCGGCCCGUUGUUCGGCGCGACGAGGCGGGUGCGAGUGCGAACGAGGAGCAGACCAGUGCGGCGCGCACAGCCGAGCUCGAUGCGGCCAUCGAGGCGCUUGAGGGCCCCAGCGCGGCGGUGGAAGCUGGUAGCAGUGGGGCCAAGGCGGUGGCUGCGGGGCGGGAGAAGCGCAAGAAGCGUGGGGCACGCGAGGAAGAUGCGCUCUCGUCGUCGGCGUCAAGUGGCAAGGGGGAGGUGCAGCUUGAGCCUGUGAGCAAGGCUGCGCGCGGGAGGGGACGCGGUCGCGGUCGAGCCCGCGCUCGUGGUGGGCGAGGUGGGCGAGGUGGGCGAGGUCGAACCACGCUGCACGCUGCACGCAACAUGUCGCUGGACGACAUCGACACGCUUCCGCCGAGUAGGAGUCCGAGUGUGGAUGCUGCGAGUCUGCGCGCGCGCGCGGCGGGGGCACGUCGAUCGAGUACCGCCAGUUCUCGAUCCACGCCCGCGUCCUAG